UUGCAAAAGAGUCAAGCAACCUAACCCGGCAACCCUUUCCCUCUCUAUAUAUGUAUGAACUGUUUACAGACGAAAGAGGGACGACAUUAGAGCAACCAAAGAUGGGUUCGAGAAGCGAAGACAGAUCCGAAAUUGUCUUCUUCGACUUGGAGACCACGGUACCCACCCGAGCUGGUCAGGGAUUCGCCAUUCUUGAAUUCGGGGCCAUCCUUGUUUGCCCCAGGAAGCUGGAGGAGCUGGACCACUACUCCACUUUGGUCCGACCCUCCGAUCUCUCUCUCAUCUCCUCCUUGUCCGUGCGCUGCAACGGUAUCACCCACGAUAACGUCGUUUCCUCCCCGACCUUCCGCGAGAUUGCCGAUCGGGUUCACGACAUUCUCCACGGACGCAUUUGGGCAGGUCACAAUAUACUGAGAUUCGAUUGUGUAAGGAUAAGGGAGGCAUUUGCAGGGAUUGAUCGGCCAGCACCAGAGCCAAAGGGUAUUAUUGAUUCGUUGGCAUUGUUGACUCAGAAGUUUGGAAGGAGAGCUGGUGACAUGAAGAUGGCCACCCUUGCCACUUAUUUUGGGCUUGGACAGCAAACACAUAGGAGCUUGGAUGAUGUGCGGAUGAAUCUUGAAGUUCUCAAGUAUUGUGCGACAGUUUUAUUCUUGGAGUCUAGCCUCCCUGAUAUAUUCACGGCAAACAGUUGGGUUUCUCCAAAUGCUACCACUAGAAGUCGUAGAAAUGCAAAUUCAUCUCCAGAUGGCAUGAUCCAAGACAAGAAUACUCCCUCAUCAAGUUCGAAGUUAAAAGAUAAUCCCAUGCUGUCCCUGGCAAAUAAAAAAACAGAGAAAAAUCAUCCAAUAUUAUCACUUAUGACUAACAGCACAGCGGAGGAGAUUGAACCUAGUACAUCUCAAGGAGAUCCUUUUGACAUGGGCCUGCUAAGGACGGCAAGUGAAUCCCUUGAAACGAGCACCAGCAUGGAAGAAACGCUGGAGUCUUCUGAGAUGUCUUCCACAGCUGCUGUCUCUGAUGGUUACAGCAACUUGGGGGGAUUUUUGGAGAUUGAUGAAGUUUCUAUUCCUGCUAUCAAUGCAUCUUUUGUUCCAUUUUAUCGUGGGAGUCAAAGAAUACAAUUAUUGCACAAAGGUGACAUUUUGCAGCUUUCUUGUAGUCGUUUGAAAGUGCGGUUUGGAUUAAGUACGAAGUUUGUCGAUCAUGCCGGCCGGCCACGUUUGAGUUUUGUGGUUAAUGCAUCAUGGAGUUUAUGUAAAGUUCUUGAUGCAUGUGAUGCUAUAGCACAGAAGCUCUCCUUAGAUUCUGGUAGCAGCUCUGAAUGGAAGCCAGUUGUGACCAGAAAAACUGGCUUUGCCAACUACCCUACAGUGAGAUUGCAUAUCCCAACUGCUAUACGUGGAGAUACUUCUGCAUAUGCGACCGAGAUGAAUCUAAAAGAACCUUCCAGCGUUGUGCAAAGGCUUGUGUUCAGUAACUUUGAUGUGGAAGAGCUUGGUUCUUUCUUCACUCCCGGGACCUUUGUGGAUGCGUUCUUCUCCUUAGAUCCAUACGACUAUCUGCAAAAUGCUGGCAUUCGCUUGGUAGCCAAAAAAUUGAUUAUUCAUUCUAAUUGAUGGGACAAAAAGAAUUUCUGAUUUUUUUAGUAGGGUCAAGUGUCAAUUAAAUAUGUACAAAAAAUGGCACCAACUAGACUAACAUAUACAGAUUUAAUUGGCAUGGAUAUUGAUGAUUGCUUAGACAUGUAAGUGCAAAACUCUGUUCUGAUUUUAAUGUCAUAUGUUACCUUCAAUAGGA